CUCAACUGUUAACUACUAUAAUUUACAUAAAAAUUCAACUGGAGUGAUUUAGCAUUUAUAAAUCUUUGUAUGUUUCCUGCAGGACAUGAACUGGCAGCAUGUAUUGAAGUCCAUUUACUGGCUACUGUGCAGAUCUCUUGUUGUCUCUAUCCUCGUAAUGUUUAGUGAUAUCUUCUGCUGUUUUAUGUAUGAGGAUUUAGCCUCCCACCAAAAAACAACAAAAGAAAAUAGAGAAAAUGGGAUUACUGAGCAAAACAUUGGACAACACGGACCUGUGCUUAUUCCUCUUUGGGCUGAGCAUGUGUUCUCGUCCCCAUUAUGUGUGAGCCUGCUGCAAAAUGUGCAGCAUUUGAGAGCUUUUCAGCUGACUGCCGGCCACUAAUGUGUCAAAUGGACAAAGGGAUAGUUGGGCUAUUUUAUGCAGGAGGUGUUUUACGAUGUGGGAACAAGCUGUCAGAAACGAGACAGAUAAUAGGACAGGGAGAUCUGAUGUCACCUCCCAAAUGAGACUCUCGAAAAAUUGCUUUCAAGCCUCCAUCCGCCUGCAGAAUUUUGCCCCAUUGAAUGUGCGGAGUCUGUUAUUAACGAGCCGACUCACUGAGGCAAAUGGAAACGCAGAGCAACACCCACAGCUUGAAUGGAUAACACUCUGUCAUACGUACAUCAAGAGGGAAAAACUAAUUGGGGGAGGUGGAGAUGAAAAGCAAACAAAGGGGAGACAUCGGGAGGGACAGAAGGAGUCGGGGAGAGAGAGAGGAGUGCAUUUGUGCUCGACUCGGAGUAAGAGCAGCCAGGAGAAUGCACGCAUGUGUGUGAGAGAGAGAGAGAGAGAGAGAGGGAAGAGAGAGAGAGGGAGGGUGGAACGGAGAGGGAGGAUGGAGGGAGGGCUGCUCUCAGCAUCAUGUGAAAGGAGGAGAGGCUGAUCUCCGACAGCAGGUGCUGGAGGACGGAGAGUCGGACGCACGGAGCGAGCGGUUGCGUGUUUGAGCACCAAACCUUGUUCAGGAGAAGAGGCUGAGCCGCGAGUGAGGCAGGAAACAAGAUGGCAGGAUUCCUCGUAUCUCGGAUGAAGUAGAGCCCUCAGCAGCACACUCCCACCCUCCAUUUCCUCUUCCCUCACUUUCAAAGGGUUUCAGAAUGGAUGAGCAGAGAUGCACCCUCCCCCCGCCCCUCAAAACAGAAGAGGACUACAUCCCUUAUCCCAGCGUCCAUGAGGUUCUGGGUCGCUGCAGCCCUUUCCCGCUCAUCCUGCUGCCACAGUUCGGAGGCUACUGGAUCGAGGGAACCAAUCAUGAGCCUAAAGACGCACCGGAGGCCGAUCAACCUCCCUGUCCCUCCUCCCACAUCAAACUGGAGACGAACAGCACCGCCAAGAUCUACAGGAAACAUUUCAUGGGCAAGGAACACUUUAAUUAUUACACCAUGGACACUGCCCUGGGCCACUUGGUCUUUUCCAUGAAGUACGAUGUCAUCGGGGAUCAAGAGCAUCUGCGCUUGAUGCUUCGCACAAAGCUAAAAACCUACCACGAUGUAAUUCCCAUUUCCUGCCUUACCGAGUUCCCCAAUGUGGUUCAGAUGGCCAAGCUUGUUUGUGAAGAAGUUAACGUGGACAGGUUUUACCCCGUCCUCUACCCAAAGGCGUCGAGGCUCAUCGUCACCUUUGAUGAGCACGUGAUCAGCAACAACUUCAAGUUUGGAGUUAUUUAUCAGAAGUUCGGCCAGGUAUCGGAGGAGGAGCUGUUUGGGAACAUGGAUGAAAGUCCGGCCUUUGUCGAGUUCUUGGAGUUCCUGGGCCACAAGAUUGAGCUUCACGACUUCAAAGGGUUCCGAGGGGGGCUGGAUGUCGCUCACGGGCAGACGGGCACAGAAUCCAUCUACACAAGUUUCCAUAAUAAGGAGAUUAUGUUCCACGUGUCCACCAAGCUGCCUUACACAGAGGGAGACUCGCAGCAGCUGCAGAGGAAGAGGCACAUAGGCAACGACAUCGUAGCCAUCAUGUUCCAGGAGGAGAACACGCCCUUUGUCCCAGACAUGAUCCAGUCCAACUUCCUGCACGCCUACGUGGUGGUGCAGGUGGAGAGCGCGUGCACGGACAAUGUCACCUACAAGGUGUCUGUGACAGCGAGGGAUGAUGUACCUUUCUUCGGGCCGGCUCUGCCUGACCCUGCCAUCUUCAAAAAGGGCCCAGAGCUCCGUGAGUUCCUCUUCACCAAGCUCAUCAACGCAGAGUACGCCUGCUACAAGGCUGAGAAGUUUGCCAAGCUGGAGGAGCGCACACGCACUGCCCUGCUGGAGACGCUCUACGAGGAGCUGCACAUCAACAGCCAGUCGAUGAUGGGUCUCGGUGGGGAUGAAGAUAAGCUGGAGAACGGGGGCGGCGGAGGAGGAGGAGGCUUCUUUGAGUCCUUUAAGCGGGUCAUCCGCAGCAGAAGCCAGUCUAUGGACGCCAUGGGCCUCAGUAACAAGAAGUCACACACAGUCUCCACUAGUCACAGUGGCAGCUUUACCCACAAUCCCGCAGAGAGCCCCAAAACCCCAGGGAUUUCAUUGCUUGUCCCAGGGAAAAGUCCCAGUAAAUAUGGACGUCGAGGCAGUGCCAUAGGGAUAGGAACAAUAGAAGAGUCAUUGAUAAUUCCUGGGAAAAGCCCAACCAGGAAAAAGUCCGGGCCCUUCAGCUCCCGGCGCAGCAGCGCCAUUGGCAUCGAGAACAUCCAGGAGGUCCAAGAGAGGAGCCGGGAGGUGUCGCCCAGCCCCCAGAGGUCGUCCGACUGCAGCCACAUGUGGCAGGAAAAUAGAUCAGACAACUCGUCCAAUCACAGCUCUCCAGAGUUUCCUGCCCCCAGGAACAGAGUGACCCAGGUGUGCAGUUUGGCGAUGUGUUACAGGGCGCCAUCCAUCCCUGAGGCGCAGGACCUUUCCCGCUCUUCCUCCAACGCCAGCAGCUUCGCCAGUGUCGUGGAGGAGCACGAGGAGGAGGCCGAGGAGGAGUACGACACCGGACUGGAGAGCGUGUCCUGUGGUACGCCGCUCAAGCAAGACUCGUUUGUGUUCAGCUCUGGUGCGGAGGACAGUGUGAGCAGCCCCAGCCAGGGAGGUUUUCCAGCUUCUCGUCUUGAGCAGCAAGCGGAUGGAGCGAAGACGUCGGAGCCAAAAGGGACAGACAGCAGGCCCAAGAUGGAGCGCCCCCCGCAGGAGCAGAAGUCCUCGUCGAACUGUUAGCCUCAACCCAAAUGAAACAACAUCGACGUCCAUUUUCAGCAUUACCAUUAGAGGCGUUUGCCAAAAAUGAGCAGAGGGCAGUGGUGAUUUCCACCACUGAUGCAGAAGGGGAGCAGAUAGAAGCCCGAACAGGAGACCGAGGGAUCUGCCACCUGUCACGACGAGACAUCCAGCUUCACGGACGUGUUCCUACCUGUCGCCCUCAUUCCAGCUCCACGUGGAAUCCCUCUUAAACGCUCGAGGCGAACACAAAGAGACCUCCACCACCACCUCUGGCUGACGGACUGUCACGUGUCAGCUGGCUUAGCAGAGUAUGUCUGCCUGCUCGCUCUCCAGGCCAGUAUACGCUCUGAGCUCUGAGACCUGAUUCUUUCUGUAAACUGCCCCUCUCCAAUGUCGUGUCUGCUUUUCAGAAAUUGAUGAACAGGGGGUUUACUCUUGAGAGGAGAAGCCGAGGGUCCGUAGAGAGAAGCGUUGCACUAGAGAGGAAAUGUGUUUUAAUGUCAGCCUCGCAUCCCACUGUGAUAUUGUACAUGGGUUUUAAAUGUACCGGGUGUGUGUGUGUGUGCGUGUGUGUGUGUGAGUGUGUGUCAGUCAGGCCAUGUUUUAGUUUUAUUAUCUAUUCCUCUUCUUCUGAGUAUCCUGCGGUGAAUAUUGGUUGUUAAUUCCUCAUGUUUUCGAUGGAGGGUACAUGACCAUGCUGCUGUUGGUGGCUGCAUAAGCAUCAUUUACUUGGAAUACGCCACAGAAAAUGUGUCUGUAGUUUUUACCAUUCGAAAUUUCUUUGUUCAAGAAAAACAGACUGUGAUGAUGCUAUAUAAAUAUGAACAGAAUUACUGUGGAGCCCCAACCAGCAACAUGCAUCCUCCCGUCCUACUUCAAGCUGUUUAGAACUCUGCUCCCAAUGCUCUCUGUCACACACCCCACUUGUUGAUUUGAUGUCUGUGUACGGGUGUGUUAUUGGUACUGUGCAUGGUGUAAAUCCGCUUGCCAAAAAAAAAAGACAACCUCUCCUCCUGUACACUGGUGCCAUCCCCCUGUGAUUUGUGUUUUUAUUAAGGGAAGAAACCAGCCAACAUCUCCACAUUGCUGAUGGAGCCAAACGCCACAGUUUCCCUACUUUAUUUGUAAAGUUUGAUGUGUAUGUACAUGACCGAAGCACUACGUUUUUUUUCCCCCCGGAUGCUGACCUGCUGAGAAACAUGACUUGUCAUGAAUUACACUGUGACGGGUCUUGACGUUGCCUUUAUGAUUGUCGCGCGAGCUGCUCUGAGGUAAAGGUCAUAUUUAAAAAGGCACUGCGUUGCCGGCUGGGCUUGAAUGUAAAACUAUAGGCGGACAUGCAGUCGUACGUACACGUCUGCUCUCACCAACAGUGAUGCUGCGCGUGAAGUGUGAAGCAGCUCACGUUUCCUUCGAGUGGACGAGCUUCCCCCUGUUUUUCGUUUGUUGUGAAGGAAAGAACUGAUUCGUUCCCUUGUUUUAUUUCAGUUGUGUAACUGAAGCGGACAUGAGAUUUAUUGUCUUUAGUUAAUCAACAGAAGCAUUUACAUUUUACACAUGAAAGUACGAAAUGUUUGAAGACACUGGACCAAAAUCUGUUAAAAGCCACAAAUCACAAGAAACAAAGAAACAUUUCGCAUUUGACUCCACAGAAAACAAAGGCAUAUUUUGGUAAUAAUUACACGUGUGUGUGUAUUACAGCCUAUAGCAUUGAUUUUAAAUAUAAGUAUGUUGGAUCAAAUGAUUUUUCGUCUGGACUUCAGGAAUGCUUGAGUAGAUGAAGUACGCCCUCUUGUGGCUGUGUAAUAUUAUAGCACACUAUGUGGUCCAUUCAUCUAACUGCUUAACACUGUCCUAAGCCAACGUCGAUCCAAACCACAAAAACAUUGGAAGUGAAUCUUCUAUGUGCUUGAUUUAAAUGAUUGUAAUUCUGUUCUUGUCAACAGUCUGCUUAAGCCCGUGUUAAAAAGAUUUGUAAAUAUUGCUGUACAUCCUUUUUUUGUAAAUGAAGCAAACGAAAAGGUUUAAUAAAUAUGAAGAUGCACAACA